UUGAACCAAUCAUAUCUCGACAUCUGUAAAUACAGUUGGAGAAGAUUUUUUCUUCUUCUGCUGGCCAAAAAAAAACAUUGCAUUAAAAAGGGUUCAAAGAAAAAUUCUCAAAUUCUCUAACAAAGAGCUCUGAGAUUUUUGGAAAUCUGAAUCGUUGUUCGAGGUUUAAUGUUACCAUUUCCGGCAAUGAACUUGAAGAAGUCUCGAUCGGAAAACUCAUCAGUUGCUUCAUCUGGAAGUAAGAUUGAGGAGCAGACUGAGAAAUCAGCUGAACCAACAACCAUUAAGGUGCAGAAAAAAGCCGGUACUCCAGGGAGGUCGAUAGAUGUCUUUGCUGUGCAGUGUGAGAAGUGCAUGAAGUGGAGGAAGAUUGAUACUCAAGAUGAGUAUGAAGAUAUCAGAAGUAGAGUACAAGAGGACCCGUUUUUUUGCAAGACGAAAGAAGGUGUGUCCUGUGAAGAUGUUGGAGAUCUAAACUAUGAUUCCUCCAGAACAUGGGUCAUCGACAAGCCUGGCUUGCCGAGGACACCAAGAGGGUUCAAAAGGAGCUUAAUUCUGAGAAAGGAUUACUCGAAAAUGGAUGCGUACUACAUAACUCCUACUGGGAAGAAGCUCAAGUCUCGUAAUGAAAUCGCAGCCUUCAUCGAUGCCAAUCAGGAUUACAAGUAUGCACUGCUUGGAGAUUUCAAUUUCACAGUCCCAAAGGUGAUGGAAGAGACGGUUCCUAGUGGGAUAUUAUCUGACAGGACCCCCAAGCCAUCAAGGAAAGUUACAAUUGAUUGAGCUACAUAGCGCUUCCCAGCUUCUUAUGGUGUUGAAGUUGUUAUUGGAGUCAGUUUUAGGUUUCUAUCUGGUUUAGUCUUUUAAGGGUGUCGGACUUCUUACUGUAGAAUGUUUCUUAAACUCAUCUCUUUGACUCUGAUUGGAUCUUUAUUUUCUAAUGAAGGAUUAUCUUUUCUUCUCUUUUUGUUAUGUCACAAGUCACAACUACAUG